AUGUCAAAAAGAGCGACUGAGUCAUUAAUCGACUGGACACCAAUCACCGAAAGAAUCUUAAAAGCUAGAUUUUACUCACAACACACAAAGCUGACACUUAUUCACUUAUACGCACCUACUGAAGACACGGAUGAGCGGACAAAAGAUGAUUUCUACAUGAAACUACAAGACGUGUUGGAUAGCAGAAAUAAACAUGAUAUGACGAUAAUUACAGGAGACAUGAACGCCAAAGUAGGAUACGACAGAGAAGGCUAUGAAAGAGUGAUUGGAACACAUGGAAUGGGACAGAGAAAUGAUAACGGGAAAAGGUUAUGCGAUAUUUGUGAUAUGAAUGAACUUGUUAUUACAGGCCUAACAUACAGUUGGUUCAAAGUAAAGACAGGAGUCAAACAGGGAGGUAACAUGUCAGGUUUCCUAUUCUUGAUUGUGAUAGACUGGAUAAUGAAAAGAUYAGUUGGCCAAGGUGAGAAUGGCAUCAGAUGGAAAUUCACAUCUAAAUUAGACGAUUUAGAUUUUGCGGACGAUAUAGUUCUUCUAUCUCACACUAGACAGCUACAAAACAAAACGACAAAAAUUGACACGGAAGCCAAAAGAUUAGGUCUUAAAGUGAAUAUAGACAAGGCAAAGAUAAUGAAAAUGAAUGCAAAGAAUCAACAGGGAAUAACCAUACAUGAAAGAGUCAUUGGAGAAACAGCGGAGUUUACUUACCUUGGAGCUAAAGUAUGCAAAGAUGGUGGAGGAAUGAGAGAUUUGAGGAACAGAAUUUCAAAGGCAAGAGGUGCAUUUAUUAGGUUAAGAAAAGGUUGGAGAUCUGAAAUUAUCACAAGAAGAACUAAGCUCAGGCUCUAUAAGACCCUUGUGGUGCCAGUAUUGUUAUACGGCUGUGAAACGUGGAAAAUSAAUAAAAGUGAUAAUAAAGAAAUUGACAUGUUCCAAAACAAGUGUUUACUCGGAAUUAAGUGGCAAGAUCAUGUUAGCACAGAAGAACUAAUGAAACGAGCAGAGACAGAACCUCUAAGUAAAGUAAUAACGAGGAGGAAAUGGCAAUUGAUAGGGCGCAUACUUAGGAAAGCCUUUCCUAAGUAUCUUAUCGGAUAA